GUCGGCCCGGUUUCAGGUAUUACGAGCUAAACACUCGCAACGUUCGCAUCUCCGGUUUUGAAUCCAGUUUGAAGCCACCAUGCCACCCAAGACUAGCGGCAAGGCCGCCAAGAAGUCCGGCAAAGCCCAGAAGAACAUCUCCAAGUCGGACAAGAAAAAGAAGAAGCACAAGAGGAAGGAGAGCUACGCCAUCUACAUCUACAAGGUGUUGAAGCAGGUCCACCCCGACACCGGUAUCUCCUCGAAGGCCAUGUCAAUCAUGAACUCGUUCGUGAACGACAUCUUCGAGCGUAUCGCCGCGGAAGCGUCUCGUCUCGCCCACUACAACAAGCGUUCGACGAUCACCUCCAGGGAGGUGCAGACCUCCGUGAGGCUCCUGCUGCCCGGUGAGCUCGCCAAGCACGCCGUCAGUGAAGGUACCAAGGCGGUCACCAAGUACACCUCGUCCAAGUGAGGUGUGUGCCCCCAAACAUAGCGGUGUACGGUGCCACUAUGUUGUGCCUACCACCGAAACAAACGGCCCUUUUCAGGGCCACAAA